AUGGAGGCCAUUAACAAGGACAGGUUGACCGUCCUCGCGGUCCACCCCGUGAACAACACCAAGUGUAGCAUCAUAGACCCGGCCAUGGAGUUCAUCGGGCGCGACGCCAACUGGCCCAUCGUCCCUGCCGAGAAGGACUACCUCUCGUCCUUAGACGCGACCCAGUACUACAUCGGCGUCAAUCCCGAGAAGUAUAACACGACCAGCACCCCCAGCUGCUACGUGGAUAUUGUGGUGGCUGACAUCAAAGGCAAGUGGCUGGUCAACCAGUGGACCUCGGAGGGCGUCCGUCGUCCUCGAGGGCGUGGCCCAGAACGCUUGAUGCAGAUCGGGUACCACUUCGCCAGGAUCGGCCUGCCGGCAUACGCCUUCGGGCCUCUGUUCACCAUCAUCGGCCAGAAGUACGACGGGGUCAUGUCCCAGGUAACGUCCACCAAGGUGUCGCUUGGUUGGAGCCUCGACCGGCAUACGAACGCUUCAAGUACGGUCAGUACCCAUCCACACGCAAAUGGGUGGUUCGAAGGCAACUUGCCUGUCGCCGUGUGUAGCACCGGCUAUGCACAGCACGUCAUCUAG